AGCCUAAAGUCUAAACACAUAAUCCAUUUUUUGUAGAGUUCUGGUUGUGUUAAGUGCUUUGAGUAGAAUCCAUGAUUAAAAAAAAAAUAAUAAAAAUUAUAAAAAAUAAUAAUAAUCAUAAUUCCUGUUUUUAUUUUAAACGCUUUAAAAGCAAAUCUCAAGACCACUGUCACAGAACCCUUUAUUCCUCUUGUGUUGAUAGAAAUGUUGCUAGAAAUGGCGAUUGAUGCUCAGAUCAGUCACUGCAGCAGUGUUCACUCCCCACAUGAAGUGAAGAACAGCUGAGCAGGUGACUAAACUACAGACACUGUGAAUGAAAUCUUUCCAAACUCCUGAUCUUGCUUUGGUUUGUUUGAUUUCCUGCUAAGAUACGACCCCUCCUUCAGAUGAUUGAUCUGUCAGGUGUGUCCGUCUCUCUGUGGCCAGUGUGAUUCCCGUUACUCUGACUCGUGUCACCUGGUCUACACCAGGGUAUGUAUACGCCUCCUUCUCUAACUCAGGCUCGUUGUUCACUGCUGGUUGUUUCCUGUUCAUGAUGUUUGUUUGCCUGUUGUUCUGCGGUUCCUCUUCUCCUCGUGGUUCAGCCUGCUUCAGUCUGUGCUCCUGCCUGGAGUUGGCUGUAUUUAAGUUUGGGACUCUGUUGAAUAAACUUGAUCGCUGUCUCUCUCGUGCUGCGUUUGAGUCCUGCCUGCCUUCUUGUACCACAGCAGCUGAAGACAGCACCGUAAAUAAGAAGAACUGCUGCUCUUCACAAAGAUUUCCCAAGAUUUCUAGCAUUUAGAAUGAAAAGUUUUCUAUUACAGGAACUGAAGGGAGAAACGAACUAGCAGAAGAAGAACUCACUGCACGUGGGUUAUUGUCAGACACGGAGGAACUCUGGUCGUGUGUGUGCUGGUGUUUGUGUGUGCCCAGCAGUCUAUGAAGAGCAGCAGAUGAACUACUUGAUCGGGUGGAUCAAUGUGUUUGGUAACAGCCCAAAGGGACAAAGAGAGAGGGAGAGUAAAAGAAAGCAGAAGAAACAAAGCGAGAGAGCAGAAGAUCCAUUGAGUGUGUUUUUGUGGUUGAAGAAUUGUCCCCGCUGGCUUUGAAAAGAAGGAUAAUCCUGUCAAGUAAGCAGACCUUUGGAUAUUCAUGACUGGCCGAGCGGCUCCGCGGACUGAAGGAGGACACAGUCAGGAUGGGAUUAAACAUCAAAGUGGAUCUGAGGAGCACAGGACUGGGACACAAAUCAACCAGUGCAGAAACACAGAGGUAUCAGAGGGCUGUGCUGGGGGGCACAGGGGACCGGUGCAGACCAGGUCGGUGGAGGGUGGACAGAGGUUUAAAUGAGUCCGGCGUGAGGGCCUCUGAUACUAUUCAGUGCGUUGAUGGGGGUAAAACACCUGCCCCCAAUCUGAGAAACAUAUCUAUACAUAGCACUUGUAUUUUAAUAAGAAAAGAAGUUCCCAUCGUGGAGCUGUUGAAUCCUGAGGUCGACCUGAGGCUCAGUGAUUUCACAUGGAGUCAAAACAAUGACUAAGGGUUUUGUUUUUUUGCUAAGAGCAGUGCAUGGUUUACAAUGUUAUUUCCUGAUUUAUACACAUUUAUAUUAAGAGUUAAAGAAAUCAGUUCAAAUGAUUGAUGACCAAUUAGUGGUGAUUCUAACAGAAAAAGACUAAGAUGUAACUAGAACCAAAACUAAAAUAAGCUAAGACGUAGCCAACAGUUGAUGAAGAAGCUAACAUGGAUUAUUAGUUGAAAACAAUACACCUUAAAGUUGUUUUGUCCAUAUCAUGCAGUAGCUGAGAUGAAAACCAGAAGCUAGUGCUAAUAUAACAUUUGCAGUAGUUGUUGUGAUUAUUAAUUAUUUGUCCAGUCGUUUAUCUGCUCUCAUAUUACACUGCAACAUACUGUAUGUCUGCUCUGAAGUCAUCUUUCCCUGGAGUCUGAUGGUUUUUCAAUUAAAUUAGCAUCAUGUGGCAAGCAACAUCUAUCUAUCUGUCGAUCUGUCGAUCUAUCUGGGUGUUCAAACCUAACAUCUGUGAGAAAGCUGCUGCAGUUUGUCAGAGUGGAGGUUGAAUAGAAAGCGGAGGCUGGCGUCUGCCUUCAGUUGUGAUUUUAAAUGCACUGAGAAUCAGUGAGGAGCAGCAGCACAGUGGGAGGUGAAUAAAGAGAGGAGGAGGCUGUGAGGCAUUGAAGGGAGAUCUGGGGUUGUUUCAAAUGAGAGAGAGAGAGGGUGGGUGUGUGUUUGUGUGUGUUAACACAUGCACAUGUUUGUGUGUGUUUGUGAUAAAGGAUUGACAGAUGUGUCCAACAACAUCUGAUAUAAUCCCUGUAUAAAUACACACUGCAUCUGCUAACAACGAGAGUCUUCACGUUGGCAGAAUUACAACAGUGUGUCAUAAUAGAACUCACAUCCAAUCACCUUUUACACCAAUGUUCACUGAUAAUACAUCAACAUUUUAACAUCUCAGUUUUGGACUCAGUUCUGCUUCCAUUACUACAGUUCUUCAGUGGCUAAGCUGCAGCUUCUGUGCUUCAAAUGUACUUAUAGAUUUCACUAAACAUUUGACAGCAGCCACUGGAUGGUGCAGUGGUUGGCACUGGUACUACAAGCCGGUAACUACUUAUAGUUCCUGCUUCAUUCCAUAGUCCAAAAACAGGCAGGAUUAGGUUAAAAUGUUAUUUGCUCCAAAUUGAUCAUAGCGUAGGUGUGAAUAUGAGUGUGAAUGGUUUUUGCCUCUGUUUGUGGCCCAGCUAUGGACUGGAUGACUGUCCAGGGUGACCUCUGCCCUCAUAUGAUAACUAGUGUGAUUGGCUCCUGUAGAUACAUAUACAUUUACAGUGUGAAUAUGUGAGUGGUUUUGUCUCUCGUGGUGGCAAUACAGUUUUUAACACAAUAUCACAUAAAUUCAUCUUCCUUUUAGGGAAAAAUAUUUUUACUGUAAAAAAGAAGAUGACGGGCCUCAAUUAUUUCUUUAAUUUGUCUCUUGAACAGUCUUAAAUUUCACAGAUUGUUUGAAAUUAAGUUUUGUUUCAUUGCAUGAAGUGUUAAAGAAACAACUGUUAACCAUGGAAUAAUGCUGCUGUCAUACCCUAACCUUUUAGUUGACCUGCUGUUUGUAAAAAAAUGUCAAAUUUUAAUUUAAUUUUUAAAAAUAUUUUGUAUAUAUUUUACAUAUGCUUCUUUCACAAUUUUUGCAGACUUACGUUUCUACAUUCAGUUCACAUUUACCUUAGAAAAACAAAAACAAAUCUAUAAUAUUACCUUUCUGCCUGUUAAAAAGGGGGCAGUAGAAUGUAGGUUUAUUAGAAAUAGGAUUUAAAAGUGCAAAUGGAACAAGUUUUCUCUCCCUGAGAUAAAUUCAAAUUUCAAAUUUAAAUUUAAAUUCCAGCAACAACACAGCGUCUGUUCGACCACCAGCCUUCGUUUCUACAAUAAGGCCGCUUUUUAGGAUUCAGACUCGAUGAAGAGUCAUCUAUCAUACUGCUGUCAGCGCUCACUUUAACAGUGACUUUGCUCCCACUCCACUGCCCUCCUCUCUGUAAACCCAGCCUUGGCCUUGAACCUCUAAUAAAACCCUUAAAAGAAACAUUGCCCUCGCUCGCCCCCACAGACAUUAACUAGCCCCCCCCUCCCCCCCAAGGCCUAGACUGGUGUGUGCGAUGAAGAAGAAGAAGAAGAAGAAGCUCAGUGUUUGACGUUGGAUUCCUGUAGAGGUUUAGUGUCAGUGAAUCCAUCAUUGUCACUCUUAAAUAGUGGGGCUACAGGGACACUUUGUCAGGCAGCCGGUUUGUUAUCUAACAUUUAUUUUCUGGGAGCGACAUCUGCGAUGUUUAAAUGAAAUGAACAGUCAUUAGAAUUAGUUUGAGUAACUUCACUUUAGCAUCUGCUAAUCAAAACCCUGAAGGUUAAAGAGGUUUUAAGCCUUUUAAUUUGAACUGUCAACACGAAUCUACAAUGACAUGCUUCACAAUGAAACCCUGGACCACAGGAAGUGUCAGUGGAGCAGUUAGCAACUUGAAAUAUGAAUGUGGCAAAAGUCCAUCUGUAUUUAAACAAGCGUGACCAACUGAGCGUGUGCAGCUAUUGAGCGUGAAGCGUUUAGGCUCUCUUUCACAAAGAGGCCGGGGGCUAGGACCUCACUCCCCUCCCUCCUUCAUUAUCCCCUUCACUAUCCCAUGCCACUAUGAUCAGCACCAAAUGCUAACUAUCCCAGGCCAGCGCUCACAAAGCAUGCUGGGAAGCACAAAAGCAGACCGUCAGCCGAUCGGUUCCACCUUAUUAACAGCUUGUAAUCUUCUCAUGUGGUUGGCCAGGCCUCAGAGAGCAGGAGUUAGGGCUGAUGGAGGAGUGUGUCCUCCACCUCCACUUUGAUGCGGAGCAGCGUUUUCCCUCUGAAAUGUCCUCCCCUGGUUUAUUCCCAUUGUUGCUGCUGCUACUGCUGCUGCACCUGUUUGCCCACAGGAGGCGAUCAGUCAGUGACAACUGUUAAUUUCUCAUUAGAGUCUCUUUGCACAGUGAAAACAGAAGACGGUGUGUGAUGUCAACCCCACAGCAGGUGCAGCUCCUGGUUUUUACUGUUCUGGCUAAAGCUCUGGUGCCUGGCCCUGACGAGGCUACGGGGUCGGAGGAUCUCAUUUUAGAGAAGCUUAAAAUCACACGCUAACGUGAGUCUGCAAGAUAAGAUCAGUCUGGGUUUUUUUUACUGUGAGCUAAAACUUUUUUUAAGAUAUCCUUUCUGAUAUUCUGCUUUAUAUAUUUAGCAAAUUUUCAUUUGCGAACAGUGAAAAAAUUCACUUAUAUUUCAUCUAAUUUGUGGUUAUUUUUAUCCAAAGUUUGAAUAACUAGAUUCAAAAUCUAACUACCGCGGUCACUAUGUAGCCAAUUCGUUCCCUGAAAUUACUAUUACUACUAUUUUUAAAAAAUUAAUAUAACAAUAUUGUUUUUAUCUUCAUGUACACUGUGGAUAUUUAAGGUACUUUGGAAAUGUUCAGGUUAAUAAUUAUUAAUCACUUUUUUAAUUAAAUAGACUAAUACUCAACAUGUAUUUGUUGUUGGGUUGAUAAGGUUGAACAUGAUAAAAUAACAUUUGUUCUUCAGAAUCUAUUAGAACUGCACCACGUCUUUAAUAAUAUUUCGGGGGCAGUAUUUCUACAAUGUGUUCCACAAGUGGUUAAUGGUCAUUCAAAAACAACAAUUCUUCCAAUUUAAAAGGGUCAAUUACAUUACGUAAGAUUCAAAUGAUAGUUUUUUUAUUUUUGGUAUUUUUCCAAGUGUACCAACUUUUCUGGAAACGGGGUUUUCAGAUGUAGACCAUGCACAGACGUCUUUUCCCUCCAGUGGUAUCACCGAGUGUGUAUUUUUCAUGCUGUACAAACAGAUAAAUUGACCCUGCAGUUUGGCGUAGGUGUCUUCCUGUCUGUCAGCCACAGGAAGUGACUCCACACAGACCGUGCAUUUAGCCCCCAGGUGCAGACAGCCUUGCCCAGAUGGAUGGUACUCCUUCCACCAUAAAGACACUAGUCUUCCUCCUGCCCUGAAGCCACCGGGGCUCUUGCCCUGGUCCAGCCUCAUCAAAAGGAGCAGGAAAGCUGGGAGGCGGAUACGCCGGGCAUUAACCCCAAAUCAAGCUCACUUUUCUUUGCCCUGUGUAUAAAAAGUAGGGGGGAGGUGUGGUGUUCUGUCAGACACCAGCCUCUUUCUUUCUCCUCCAUUCUGACUUCUGUAUGUGCGCCUCCUUGCAGGUGUCCCUUUUUGUCGUCUUGACACAGAAGCCACGGCCCAAAAUUCAGGCACAGGCAUCAGGACUGGCUUUCUUUCAUGACUGCGUUUAUUACAUCUCAUUGUUGGACAACCACUAGAAAUUAAAUUGAGCUCACAGGAUCACACACACACACACACACACACACACAUUCAUCCUGGCUGCCUGCGCUCUGUUCGGCUGCAGGUGCGAGGGCCAUCCGCCUGGCCCUUUUCAUGAGGCCCCUGUCUUUCCUGUUCGUCUGGAAUCCAUCCAUUCAGCUUCAAUCGCAGCACCAGCCGGAGCCCACCGGACCACUGGUGGGGAAGGGAAGCGCCUCCACACACAUCUUUCACUUGUUGAGCCACGAGAGAAGAGCGACUGGGGACCAAAGAAAGGCUCUUCCUCCCCUGUAUCUCCUUCUGCUUUCAUCGUAAACAACUUGCUUUCUGUGUGUCACUCUGCUGUCCUUCCCCUCUUCCCCCUGCCUUCCUUUUCUCCUUCUCUGUCAGGCUUUCACAAAAGAGGGGUUUGGGGGUCCAAAAGAGAACGACCGGCUGACUGUGAAAACGCAGUGAUGCCGGGGUCUUUUUAUGGCCCAUGAAUGGCACAUCUGAGGUUUCCAGCCUUGCUCAGCGCCCCAGGGCCGGCUUCACCUGUGCCGGGAGUCAAUUGGUCUGUUGUGUGCCUGUCUGGAACCGUGCCCAGCUCUCUGCCAGCCAAUUCGGUGAGCGUAGCCGUGUACAACUGAGCAACAAUAACCUACUCCUCCUCCAAACCUCCAAUUAACUCUCCAAACACAAUGAUGUUGCCAUUCAAGGUUUGCCAAAAACUGUUCUCGGACACAAUUAAUAGCUAAUGUUAGCACAGCUAAUACCUGCUCUCCUGUGCUGAGGACUUUAAUGGCUUUUAGGACGUUGAAUGCCUGCUGAGGUACACUCCACUGAGUCCACACUGUUGUCUGUCAGUGUUAACUUCAGAUAAAAGGCUAAAAGAAUGUCGACAGGCUGCUAAUCCCAAAACGGCAGCACUAGCAGCAUACUGUAGAGGUGAUGACACGUUCACAGACAAAACUAGCGUCUAAUGCAACUCAUGCUUAUCAAGUCGAGAAUGUUGCUAUAGAAAUGUAUUGCUAACCCGCUAACGGACAAAUUGUUGCAAAGGCAUAUUGAAAUAAACUUUAUUUUGCUGAAGUCAAUUACUUUAUAAGAUUUUUUUUUCUUUUUGCACUCUCUUUUAAAAAUAUAGAAAGAUAAUCAUUCAAAGAUUUUAAAAAUUGACAUUUUAACAUGAUAAAAACGCCAUGUUUUGCAGAAUAUCAAUGCUGUAAAGAUGUUUAGAUUCAUUGGUCUUAGUGUAGUGAAAAUGUCUAAGUAAUAAAAAUCUUAAAGAAAUAAAAUCUUAAAGAUGUAGAAAGAUAGAAAGACAACUUUUGGACAUCCAAAAAUAUGGACAGUGUGUCAAUUUUCACCUUUUUUGAGCUUCAGCAUUAUUGAUUCUUAUUAUUGAUCAGUUCUAAAAAAAGAAUUAUAUCAAUUGCAACUAAAAAUGACUAUUUGGAUGAUGCUAGAAGAUGAUGAUAAAAGUUUUAAUAUGUCAGUCUUAUAUAUGUGUAUUUACAAGGAUCACAACAUGAGUUGGGGAGGAGUUGAGCUGGGGGGAGGACGGGGAGGGGGGUCGGGGUGUGAGUGGCACCAUUCAGCUCACUUUACCACACUGUGAGCUGCCAUUCUCAACACCCGCAGCUGUGGAAAUGAGAUAAAACCGCGGUACCACUCAUCUGUGCCACCACAACCCUCUGACGCCAGCAGUGGGGAGUGUGUUGAGUCGUCACUGAGCUGGAUGGCAUCUGUUCUCUAUGAGCCGAGGGGAGAUCAACAGGUGGAGCCAAAAAAGAUUUUUUUUUUUGCAAAUAAAGGACUUUACCUGAUAGAGACACAGCAGGACUACCAACCUGAAGGUAACUUCGUCCAGAUAGACAAUGAACAUGAUGUCCAACCCGGUGAUCAGAGCCCAGGAGCGGCCUCAGUCUCUCUGUGGCCCAGGGCCUGUCCAGGACUUAGCCCUCUGCCCUCCUGGCUUCAACCUCAGCUCACGUCUCCACCCUGCACCCCAACUGCUGGGUCUGCAGAGCAGCCAAAGAUCCACCAAAUCUCAGAGAGAGCUGAGCCCAGAGGAGCAGCAGGAGCUCAGGAGGAAGAUCAACAGCAGGGAGAGAAAGCGGAUGCAGGACUUGAACAUUGCCAUGGAUGCUCUGAGGGAGGUCAUGGUACCGUACGCCUCCUCACCCUCCUCUGGCUCAGUCUCUCACACCCACCAUCCCGGAGCUCCCCCGGGUCGAAGGCUCUCCAAGAUCUCCACCUUGGUCCUGGCCAGGAACUACAUCCUCCUCUUGGGUUCAUCUCUGCAGGAGAUGCGGAGGCUGUUGGGUGAGGUGAGCAUCGGGAUGGGUGUGAAUGCGGGGCCCGUCCCACGGUUGCUUCUCACUGGAGGUUGGCCCCUCAUCUCCAGCCCUGGUCAGCUUCUCCUCACCCAGGAGUCCCUCCUCAGCUCAGCAGCUGCCUCUUCAACUCCCUCUUCGUCCUCCUCCUCUUCAUCAUCAGCCACAGCUAAAUGUCCCCUGCUGUCCUCAGGCCCCAUGGACGCCUCACUGGCCCCUGUCCAGUGGAGCUCAGUGGGGCCCCUCUGUCCCUGCGGGGUCUGCAGACUGCCCAGGUUCAGCCAUUCCUCUCCAGGCCCCCGGUUUUCAAAGUGACUGCUGAAGUUUGAGGAUGAAAAGCUGGUGAAAGGACUUCACGACUGUUAGUUGAAUGAAUUUUUAUAUGAAGUUAUUAGAUAGUUAGUAAAUUAUUUUUCUAACAUUUUUAACAGUUUUAUAAUAUUUUUAUAAGAUAUUUUACUCACAUGUGUAGCUUAAACCUUAUGCAAGUCUUCUAUAUACUGCACUGUAAAGAAUAAAGGUUGUUUCUAUGCCACACAUUGUGCUGUAGUUGUGUAAGCAGCAUAAAUGUUGACGUGUUGUCAAAGAGUGAAAAUAAAUGUCCUUUUAUUGAUGUGAUGGAGUAAGAAAUCCAUUGUGAUUCUUCCAUGUCUUUCUAAUGAAAGUCAGAACGUUCUUUUAAAAGAGGCACAGAUUUGAUACUAUAAAAUACCCAGCUGGUUCCUCUCUGAUAUUGCAUGUAAAUCCAAUCCAUUUCACCUACAGACAGGGCAACAACUACCUUUUGUAUCAAUGAACAAUUGAAUGGAUAUGACUUAAAUACUUCCUGUCUUUUCUUUUAGCUCCACAAUGAACAAAACAGAAAUAAUUAAAAUUCACAGAUGCUUUAAAAAAACAGAAAAAAACAAACAAAUAAAAAACUUCAAUUAAAAGCAAGAAAAUACGCAAUGUAUGGGGGACAUACUGUAACUAUUACACAUUUGAGUCUUGGACACAUGUUCAUUAACUACCGGCUCUCUGCCAAUCAAUAGCUAAUUUCAUUUGUUCAAUUAA